AUGCUGAGCAAAGAUCUUCCCGAAGAUCUCAUGGAGGAGAUCACAGUGAGGCUGCCAGUAAAAUCUUUGCUUCGAUUUAAAUGUGUAGCCAAAUCCUGGUACGCCGUAAUCACUAACCCUUCUUUUAUAGCCAAACAUCUUGAACGGUCCAAUUCUAUCGCUAAGAAUCAAUGCCUCAAGUUAAUGUUCCAAUCGCCGACCCAUCAGCUGCCUCCCUCCAUAUCCUUGAUUUCUAAUAGAGAGCAGCCUUGUGUAAUCCAAGACUUAGAAUUGCCUUGCUCUAAGAACGAUUUGAAAUGGAUAUUACCAUAUGGUCAAUGUAAUGGGAUUGUCUUUUUGUGUGGGGACUAUGAAGGAGAUGUUCGAUGCUUAAUUUUGUGGAACCCUUCAACAAAAGAGGUGAAGGCUAUUCCUGCGUCCCCAUGGCAACCUAAAGGGAUAAAUCCCACCAACUUUGGAUUUGGGUUUGAUCCCAUCACAAAGGAUUACAAGGUUGUUCGAUUUCCAAUAUGCCCUUUGGUGAGGAGAGAACAACUACUUGUCGAAGUGUACAAUCUCAGUACUAAUUCCUGGAGAAAAAUAGACGUUGAUGAUGUCUCCUUUUAUGAAUCCCAUAAAUAUUCAUGUGUGGGUUCUUAUUUGAAUGGUGUUUAUCACUGGAUAUGUCGUUCCCUUGAUGAGACUGAUAAGUUUAUUGUGAGCUUUGACUUUAGCAAAGAGGUUUUUGGGAUUAUUCAAAGCCCUCCUGGAAUUGCUUCCUCUCGUAGUCAAAAUAAUCAUCUUUCUGUAGUGGAUGAUCGUCUCGCUUGGGCUGUUAAGCAUGAUUCGAUUGAUUAUCGUGUUGAGAUUUGGGUGAUGAGUGAGUAUGGUUUUGAGAGUAGUUGGACUAAGAAGUUUGAGAUCCGGCCAUUCCCUGACGCUUGGCAUAUCUUAGAGUUCUGGGGACAUGAUGAAAUUCUUGUUUAUGAAGACGAUGUUAAUCGAUAUGUUUUAUAUAAUUUUUGGAAGCAACAGAGACAGAUAUUGCAAAGCCACUUCCUGAGGAAGACAGCGAUGGAUUAUGUGGAAAGUUUGGUUUGUUUGGGAGGAAAUUAA